CAGGUGAAGCAUCGCUGUGUGACUGAUCCUGACUAUGAAGAUGUCAACAACUGCCACGAGAGGGCCUUUGUUUUCAUGCACAAGAUGCCACGUCUAUGGCUAGAUUAUUGUCAGUUCUUGGUGGACCAGGGCCAUAUCACUCACACACGCUGCACUUUCAACCGUGCCCUCCAGGCGCUGCCUAUCACACAGCACUCUCGUAUUUGGCCUUUGUACUUGCGCUUCCUGCGCUCACACCCACUACCUGAGACAGCCAUGCGGGGCUACCGGCGCUUCCUCAAGCUGAGCCCUGAGAGCGCAGAGGAAUACAUAGAGUACCUCAAGUCAAGUGACUGGCUGGACGAGGCUGCACAGUGCCUGGCCACCGUGGUGAAUGAUGAGCAGUUCAUCUCCACUGGCAAGUCCAACUACCAGCUGUGGCGUGAGCUCUGUGACCUCAUCUCCCAGAACCCGGACAAGGUGCAGUCGCUCAACGUGGACACCAUCAUCCGAGGGGGCCUUACCCGCUUCACAGACCAGCUGGGCAAGCUCUGGUGUUCACUGGCUGACUACUACAUCCGCAGUGGCCAUUUUGAGAAGGCUCCGGACGUGUAUGAGGAGGCCAUCCGGACCGUGAUGACCGUGCGGGACUUCACCCAGGUGUUUGACAGCUAUGCCCAGUUCGAGGAGAGCAUGAUUGCAGCGAAGAUGGAGACCACCUCGGAGCUGGGGCGGGAAGAAGAGGAUGACGUGGACUUGGAACUGCGCCUGGCCCGCUUUGAGCAGCUGAUCAGUCGGCGGCCCCUGCUCCUCAACAGCGUCUUGCUGCGCCAGAACCCACACCGUGUCCAUGAGUGGCACAAGCGUGUGGCCCUGCACCAGGGCCGCCCCCGGGAGAUCAUCAACACGUACACGGAGGCUGUGCAGACAGUGGACCCCUUCAAGGCUACGGGCAAACCCCAUACGCUGUGGGUUGCAUUUGCCAAGUUUUAUGAGGACAACGGGCAGCUGGAUGAUGCCCGCAUCAUCCUGGAGAAGGCCACCAAGGUGAGCUUCAAGCAAGUGGAUGACCUGGCAAGUGUGUGGUGCGAGUGUGGUGAGCUGGAGCUCCGGCAUGAGAAUUACGACCAGGCCUUGCGGCUGCUGAGGAAGGCAACAGCACUGCCCACCCGCCGGGCAGAGUAUUUUGACGGCUUGGAGCCUGUGCAGAACCAUGCGUACAAAUCAUUAAAGGUGUGGUCCAUGCUUGCCAACUUGGAGGAAAGCCUUGGCACCUUUCAGUCUACCAAGGCUGUGUAUGACCAUAUUCUGGACCUGCGCAUCGCUACCCCCCAGAUCGUCAUCAACUACGCCAUGUUCCUGGAGGAGCACAAGUACUUCGAGGAGAGCUUCAAGGCGUAUGAGCGUGGCAUCUCGCUGUUCAAGUGGCCCAAUGUGUCUGACAUCUGGAGCACCUAUCUGACCAAAUUCAUC